CGAAAACCGAUGCGUCAAUACCAGGUCGUGAAGUUAGCUCUCUUUCAACUUAGUAUCGACAGUGUUAUUGACAUGGCUGAAGCGUAUUAAGAUGUGUCUAAUAUUUUCAGUUAAGUAAUAAAAGAAGAAAAGAAAAAACGUGGCCUCAAAACUCAGUCUAUCACUGUCGCUUGUAGGCGAGUUUCGCUAAGCGUAACAAGGACAAACUGUUUGUGCGCAAUUAAAUUUAUGUUCUAAGAAUUUGUAGCGCAAAAACAAAAUGUUGCCUUACGGAUUCCAAUUACUUUUCCUUGUAUAUUUAAUAAGAGAAACAGGAUGUCAAAUAAACGAGGGCGACGUCUGCACGGAGGCCUACACAAACUCAGCCGGGAAAUGCACACCGGCGGAUACAUGUCGAUCAGCUAAAGAGGAUUUUGUUCAGAACGGCAUUAGACCAACGUUUUGCGCCUAUGCUACCUUCGGAAUAGCUCUAGUUUGCUGUCGUGAUGGAAGCAGUAUACUUCAAACGCCGCCUUCGAGAUUAGAAAGUGCUCCUAAUGUUUGGGAUACGACGGGCAAUACAAAAAGGACCAGUGAAAGAAAGUGCGAGGAGUACAGCCGUGGCGUGGUCGAGAAGGUGGACUACCUUCCGCUUCUGCCCGACCCGGAUAUCCUGUCCAUAUCGGCGGCGAAAUGCGAUUACACCGGAAUCAAACUUAUUGUCGGCGGAGAGAACGCUAAUAACGGGGAAUUCCCGCAUAUGGCCGCCAUAGGUUGGACUAAUUUCGAAGGCUCCUACACCUUCUCCUGCGGGGGCAGCCUCAUCAGUCCCCGAUUCGUGCUGACGGCCGGACACUGCUCCAGCAACCCAGAGGCCAAGGACCCGGAACCCGUGAUCGUGAGGCUGGGGGACCAAAAUAUAGACCCCACCGUCGAUGACGGAGCCAGCCCCAUUGAUGUACCGAUACGGAAGAUCAACAAGCACCCGGAAUACGCUCCACCGAUGGUCUACAACGACAUAGCACUCCUGGAGCUCGCUACUGACGUGGAGUUCUCGGCAGCCAUACGACCAGCUUGCCUGUGGACGCGGCAGGACUUCGGAGACCACGACAAGGCUCUGGCCACGGGCUGGGGAGUCACUAACACAGAGACGAGAGAAACCGCUAAGGAGUUACAGAAGGUGUCAUUAUCGCUGCUGCAGAAUGAAUACUGUGAUGGUAUACUGGAAGCGAUUAGGAACAGGAGGUGGCAAGGGUUCGCGGCGACGCAGAUGUGCGCUGGCGAGCUGAGGGGAGGCAAGGAUACAUGUCAGGGCGACUCUGGAUCUCCCCUUCAAGUGGCUUCGAAGGAUAACCAGUGUAUCUUCCACGUUGUUGGAGUGACGUCGUUCGGACGUCGAUGCGCCGAGAGCGGUUACCCGGCGAUCUACACGAGGGUUGCCAGCUUCAUAGACUGGAUCGAGAGCGUAGUGUGGCCGGGAGAAUAAAAAUAUUUUUACAGUUUUCUGCAAAUUUAUUUUGGGCUUAUGUAAAAUAAAUACCUUUGAGUGAAACUUUAUCGAAAUCAGAUUAGUAUUUUGUGCGCGAAAGUUUAACCCGUUGACGGGCAUGUAUAUCACUAAAUGUGCAUCAAGUGAUUACGUCGAUUUUACUGGUGGUAGGACCUCUUGUGAGUCCGCACGGGUAGGUACCACCACUCCGCCUAUUUCUGCCGUGAAGCAGUAAUGCGUUUCGGUUUGAGGG